AUGAGUCAGGGAUUUGCUAUAGUACAAGGAACAGUUACAGGUGUGGAUCCAGCCAUGAACACUCAUCUGAAGACUGUGAAAAUGACCCUGAAGAAUGGUUCAGUGAGUCAGUUGGAUACUCUGAGCCUGCGAGGGAACAACAUCCGUCACUUUAUUCUUCCCGAUGCCCUGCCGUUGGAAACCCUACUUGUUGAUGACACACCAAAGGCCAAGAGGAAGCCUCCACGUGAGGGAGCACCGCGUGGUGGUGGCAGCGGCGGCGGCGGUGCUGCUGCAUUCGCUGGCCCCCGUGGUCGUGGCCGUGGACGUGGUGGUCCCCGAGGUCGAGGCCGUGGGCCAAGAGGGCGUGGCUUUAGGCGUUGAUCUCAGAAUCAUUUAUAACAUCUUUUUUGGACUCCCGUCUCGUGAGUUUAAAUUGGUACAUGGUACCUCUGAAAUGGACAAGUACUGCGUGGUACAUCGGAUAAAAUCAAUGGAUGUUUUCAUUUCUCAUCUCUCUUUCCUUUGAAUAAAACAUCAAUUGGCACAACGUGUUGUGCAACAUUCAGAAUGAA